UUUGGCGUCAAAACAACAUAGUUAUUGUGUCCUUUUAAUUAUUAUUAAUUGAUUAAUUCCCUUUGAUGGAUAUAAUUUCGACCUUUUUACCGGGGGAUCCGCGUCUGAUCGAGCAAAUCGUUUACGAGCUAAAAUCCCAGGGGAUAUUCGAUCAGUUUCGGCGCGAGUGUAUCGCCGACGUAGAUACGAAACCGGCCUACCAGAACCUGAGCCAGAGAGUGGAGACUAGCGUGAUGAAUUUCCUUAAUAAACAGGCCUUCACCGAGGAACUGAAUAAGAAUCAACUUAGGGAGCAGUUAAGAAAGAAUAUUACUGAGUCAGGUUUCUUAGAAUCCGGAGUGGAACGCAUAGUGGACCAAGUAGUAAACCCAAAAAUCAACUCAGUUUUUCUUCCAAAAGUCGAAGAUGUGGUAUACAAAUUCCUGGGCAUUGAACGGCGCACCUCAGAACCCCCUAAAGAAGAACCAACGAAGGAACAACCAGACCUAUUACCAAAAGAUUUGGAAGUGGUUUCUCCCGAGUCUGUCCAGGAUAAUCUGGCUUUGGAACCGGUCAAAGAAGACACCAAUGACAGCUCCAUUAAUAGCACCAACACGGUAAAAACUGAAGAUGAAAGCCCUCCCUUUGAACCUUUAGAUGAAACUGGCGAGGAGGUGAAGGUCGGUAAAGUGGAGGUGGUGCAGGAAGCUUCUACGGAGAGUAAUGGAAAUGUGACCCCCAGUGAUAAUGAUGAUAAUAAAAUGGAAAUUUGUGAAACUUCAUCGGACAGUAAUGAUAAGGACACCAAAGUGGAUGUCAAAGAGGAUGUUCAAAAGGAAAGUCAUGGGGAGGUAAAAGUCGAUAAGGAGCAAGUGAAAAGUGAUAAGGAGGAAGUGAAAAGGGGUGAUAAGAGGAGCGAGAGCAGAAGCUCUAGUGAUAAACAUAAGUCGUCAAGGAGUGAGAGGAAAGACGGAAGUAGAAGUCACUCCAGGGACCACGGCAGCAAAUCCAGCUCCAGGCACAGCUCCUCUAAAGACAAAGAUAAAAAAUACGGCACCUCUGAUAAGGAUAAACAUAGUAAAGAUCAUCAUCAUCAUAGGAGAUCCUCGAAAGACAAAAGUGUCCGAUCGGAGAAGAGUGAGAAGAAGCAUAAGGACGAAGUUGAUAAAGAGGAGAAAAAGAGUCGAGAGGACAAAUCUAAAGAUAAAUCGAGUGGGAGGCACAAGUCCGGCAGCAGGGACAAAGAGAGAGAAAGAAGCGGCACCAAGCAUAAGUCCUCCAGUUCGAAAGACAGAGACAAGGAUAAGUCCGGAAGCACUAAAAGUAAAGAUAAAGAGAGAUCCAAGGAGGAAAAGAAAAAGGCGAGUGGUAGCGAAAAGAAAAAGAUCCCGGACGACCAUUACGCCUUAAAAGAUAAAAAAACCGAACGUAGAUCGAGCGAUCGAGACUCUAACGACGGGUCCAGCAGUAAAAACUCCCGAAACAGUAGCGUAGGCGAGGGGACCGGCGGUGCAGCCGUAAACCUCAAAUCGAACACGGAAGAAGUGUUUAAUAGUAGCCCCAGUACGGAAUCGGGAAACACGGACACCGCGGCCCCGUUUAAACUGAUCAAACCGAAGUUCGCGUCCAACAUUUACGAAGCGAUGCGCCUAAUGAAGAUCCGGAAACGGUUGGCGAAGUUGGAGAGGCAGAACCAGUUGGCGCUGGCCCAAGUGGACAUUGACCCGAAGUCUCUCGAGGGGGCGGGAACUGUAGACGAGCUGAAGAUCGAGCUGGAGCAAACCGACGAGGUGGAAGAGACCCUUAGAGGACAGGACUUGAGCAUGGACGACUUUGAAGCGCUAGAAGCGAAACUGGCCGAAGAGAUGGCCAAGUUUAAUGCGAACAUGUACGGAGAGGACGAGGAGGAGGACGAGGAGGAGUUUGUGAAGGAGAGUUGUCACGUGACCGCGGAAACUUCAAUGGAACUACCGGAACUGGUGGUCAAUAUUUCCUCGUGUGACGAGCAAAGUGUCACCGAAAAACGCCAACAAGAGAAUCCGAGUUCCUCCAAGUUGGACAUUAACGAGAACGACAGCAAGGAAAUCAAACUGGCAAGUGACCAAAAGGAGAACUUGACCUCACUGAAUGAAAACUUCCGGGGAUUCACCCCGGACAGUGUCACGGACCCCCAACUGGCCCCCCUCCAAAAAAUAAUCGACAAAAUGCAACAAGACUUGCGCAAGACAAACUCGCGCGCGAACAUCGUGAAAGUCCUCAAAGAGGAACUGAGCCAAGAGGCACCCGAGUGUAACCCGAAAGCCAUGCUGAAACUAAAACUGAUCUUCAACGAACUCACUAUGUCCAAUCCGGCGGAGAAUCUCGUGCAACGUAACGGGAAAAAAUUGUUCCUCAAAGUGGAAAAGGUGAAGAUCGAGAUUCCUCCGAAAGUGUUGCUCUGCUUGGAGGACAUGGGGUUCGGUGAGGACCGGUACAACCUCUUCAAAACGCCCAACGGAUUGGUAUCUAAAGGAAAACGGGUUAUUAACGCUAAAAAGCGUCCUCGAUCUGUUUUAGCCUCAGCAGAGGAGGAGGAGGAGGAGUUGUGCUAUUUUGAAGGGAGUGAGGUGAACGAGAGGACCUUGAAGGUGUUGAGAGGGAUGAUGGGGAAACUGGAGCGGGAUAUCGAGCGGCUCAAGUUGCAUAUGCAGAAUAACAUUCCCACGCCUAAGAAGAGGCCAGGCCGUAAGCGUAAAUUCCAGGAUACCGACGGCGAUGGAUCGACCAGCAGCACCCCGGAUUCCAAAAAGCGACUCAUCAGCGAAAAUCAAACCAAAACCGGUGUGGUGAGCAAACGGUACUCUAGCGACGAGCUGUACAAACCACGUCCGGUGCUGAGUACCGUCAACCGUAGACGGAGCGCACGUAACAACAAUCCACAAUGAAUGACGUCGUUAAUAUUGUCUUGAGACGUUAGACACGUCACUUGUCAAUUAAUUUUGACAGGUGAAGCAAUUUUUUGUUGUUAUUUAGUAAUUAAUUAAGUUAAUCAGAAAAUAUUCAUCAACAAAAAAAAAUAGUUAUUUUGUAUAUUUUUAAGGAUAAAUGUUUAGUUUUUAGUGGUUCAUUAAUAAAACCCUGGAUGGUUCUUA